GCGGCAUUUAUUUUCCCACUAACCAAACACGCCAGCAAGCUUUCUCGAAUCGAUCCACGGGAUACGGCCCGCCUGACAUGAUGAAUUGAUGAUGGCGACGCAGUGGGCGAGGAGUGGUACAAAGUCAGCUCCUCAUCUUCUAGCUUCUUCUUCUUUGCUGCAAGCGGAGGACUCACUCUGAACUACCUUAUCUCUCUCUCUCUACACACGAAGCUGAAGGAAGUUGUAACACGCGGACUGAAAUGUAAAGAAACAGAAGUAGUUUGGAGGUAGAUAGAAAAGCAACAGAAAUGUAGGGACCAAAAGGGAAAUAUGGCAAAGUGUAUAUAAGACAGGCUGUAACAACCUACAACGGCUAUCUGAAUACAACAACCACUUUUCCCUCCCUCACUUCUCUCUCUCUCUCUCUCUCUCUUCUCUGCUACUUUCCCUUUCUUCUCUUCUUCUUCCCUGCCGAGAGCUUCACCGGUCCAGAGCGUGACAGAAGUCGAGCACAAGUUUUCCGAUGGCCGCCGAUCUUGCUGCUGCGGCGGCGACGACCGAGGUUGAUUACGAAGAACAGGAGGAGGCGACCGUGAUGAAGCUCCUGCGGCGGAGAUUGCUGUCUAAGGUUCCGCGCUAUCGGAACGGAAGCGGAUUCCGCGUCAACGGCGGGCAGUCUGUUACUCUAACCUUCCCCGGGACCGACUCUGCUCACAAUCCAAUUUGGGAAGGAAGCAGCAGCGGUGGCGGUGGCGUUGACGUUGACGGAGGUGUGGCAGAUCCGUUGAACUGUAGCGUUUACUUGGAUGAACUCCAUGGUAAAUGGAAAUGCCAUCACUGCAACUGGACCUACUUCGUUGGAAGUUCGCGUUCUGGUGGGCUUGGUAGCCAUCCAAAGUGGCGAUGCCGCCAUUGCAAUUCCGACUCCUCCACCCAAAGCUUGUCGGUUGACCAUGGGGCUCCACGUUUCUCACCUGAAAUCAAAGGUGCUGAAUCCAUCAAUGGAGCUGCUGAAAAGAAUGGGUUUUCAGUUAACGGCUUGAGGCAACAAUCUGAGGGCGUUCUGGAAAAUGGAAGGCUCUCUGCUUCAAGUCUAACAUCUUUGAAUGGCUCGGUGGAAAGAAGAAAGGGAGUUGCAGAAUCAGACGUUGAAAUGCUGUUAGAGAAGCAAGAUACUCAUGAUCUGUAUUGCCCUGACUGUAGUUCCUGUAUCACACAACGGGUUGUCCUGAAUAUAAGAAAACAGAAUACUCCAAACGGGCAUGUCAUAAUGGAGGAAAACAAGCACUUCACUACUCCAAAAGGGAAUGCAGUUCUGGAGGAAAACGAGCAGUAUACCUCAAAUGGGUAUGCAAAGCUGGAGGAGAACACUUCCAAAGCACCAUUUCACCCUAUGCUCGAUGCUGAACCCACUCAUCCGGCCGAUGAUCCGGUUCAAUAUAUCGACAUUUCUGCAUACAAUGGUUCCAAUCCUGCAGCAAUCGACGGCACUGAUGGUCAGCAGGAUGUUUUCAGAUGCUUAUCCUGCUUCAGAUUUUUCAUUCCCGAAGCACGAGCAAGUAGUCGCCCACAGCUUGGCAGCCAGAGGGCUACGGCUAAACCGAGAGGCGGGGGAGGUGGAGAGGGCUAUGGAUGGGAGAUUUUGAAGUGUGUAGUGUUUGGAGGCUUGAUCGAAUCAAUUACGAGCCUUGGCGUUGUAUCUUCUGCUGCUGGAGCCGGUGCUCCAACUUUGAACGUUUUAGUUAUGGGGCUGGCGAACGUAAUUGGCGGACUCGUCAUCAUUACCAAUAAUCUGCUGGAUCUAAAACAGGAUCGCUCCAAAGCUACUACUUCAGAUAAUAAUGACGUUGAAGCAGAGGACCGCUACCAAACAACUCUGGGCAAGAGAGAAAACUUUGGAAUCCAUUUCAUGGCAGCCAUAUUAUCAUAUCUGGUGUGUGGGUUACUCCCAACAAUCACCUACGGGUUCACGUUUCAGAGCAAAAUAAGCAGCAACGGCAACAAAGACGAGAAGCUGGCAGCAGUAGGAAGCACGUCUCUCGUCUGCAUCAUUCUGCUUGCAAUUGCAAAGGCUCACACUCAAAAGCAGCAGCAGCAGCCUAAAGCCUACGCUGCAACAGUCCUUUACUUCUUCUGCAUAUGGAUGGCAACAUCGGGUAUAUGCUAUCUAGUUGGAGACCUAAUCAAGAACCUCAUCACGCCCGUGUAAAAUCCGUUUACAUUAUACAUACGCUUUAUCUUUCACCCUUAAUGGAACCUAAUCAGAGCUCGUCGUCGUCCUCGUAAUCACUGACUUUUACUUCUGCUGUCUUGGCGUCCGAUAUGGUUCUCUUGACCUUCUCCUUUGCUUCGUGCGCGGUCUUGGUCGCCAUUCUGGCUGCCGAUUUCGCUGUGUUCUCCAUUGUUUCUUUGCCUUUCUCUAUACUCCUCGCCACCGCCUCUUUCACCCGCUCUCCACUUCCUCCGCCACCGCCUUCUUCCACGCCGUCGAUGAUCUUGUCCGCUGCUUUCUUCGUA